AUGGAUUCGAAGAUGGACGUGGACAUAGGCAAAUUGCCAGAGCCCCACAGACUCUCGCCAGCAACAGAGCCCGCGUCCAUACCAACACUGGAUGGGUGGAUAGAAAGCUUGAUGAAUUGCAAGCAGCUGGCGGAGAACGAUGUGCAGAGACUGUGUGAUAGGGCUCGCGAAGUGCUACAGGACGAGUCAAAUGUCCAACCAGUGAAAUGCCCGGUCACCGUCUGCGGUGACAUACACGGCCAGUUCCACGACCUGAUGGAGCUCUUCAAGAUUGGUGGACCAAAUCCCGACACCAACUAUCUCUUCAUGGGCGAUUACGUUGACCGUGGCUACUACUCCGUCGAGACUGUUACCCUCCUUGUUGCUCUGAAGAUUCGGUUCCCCCAACGUAUCACCAUCCUGCGGGGCAAUCACGAAUCACGUCAAAUCACUCAGGUCUACGGCUUCUAUGAUGAGUGUUUACGAAAGUACGGCAAUGCCAACGUCUGGAAAUACUUCACCGACCUCUUCGACUACCUACCUCUGACCGCUCUAAUCGACAACCAAAUCUUCUGCUUACAUGGAGGCCUCUCGCCAAGCAUCGAUACUUUGGACAACAUCAGAGCCCUGGACAGAAUCCAAGAAGUGCCACAUGAGGGCCCAAUGUGUGAUCUGCUUUGGAGCGACCCUGAUGACAGGUGCGGUUGGGGAAUAAGCCCUAGAGGUGCAGGCUACACUUUCGGACAAGAUAUUUCAGAGGCAUUCAAUCACAACAACGGCUUGACUCUGGUGGCGAGAGCACAUCAACUUGUGAUGGAGGGUUAUAAUUGGAGUCAAGAUAGAAACGUCGUUACUAUCUUCUCAGCGCCGAACUACUGCUAUCGUUGUGGAAACCAGGCUGCAAUAAUGGAGAUUGAUGAGCACCUGAAGUAUACCUUCUUGCAGUUUGACCCAUCUAUCAGCCCAGAUCAGCCGCUGAGCGUUCAAGAGUUCCUCCAUAGUUUGAAGAAGUCGACGCGCCCGUUUCCCACACCCAAACGCUCGGAGGCACCGCAAGACAGUACAUUCACAAGCUGUCAAUUGACCGUUGAUGGCUUUCUCCAUGGUAUGCAAAAGACAGUGACUCCGCCUUAUAAGCCCGUUGAGGCUGGUGAUGCCCCAAAGCUUCAAUCGAUAGCUUCACCAGGCCAUCAAGACUUGCCAUUCGUCUGCUCAGGCCGAGGUCUCUUGGACCCACCCGAGACUAUCCCCGAUCAGUCAGAUGGCGAGCAAGUACUCAGCCCAUCACCAGACACUCAAGGACUAAGAUCUCCCGAACCAAAGGGCUCAGAUGAGAAAGACGCAUCGAUGAAGAUCCCAAAAGUCGUUCGCACGUACGCAAAAAAAACCAAGCCUGUAACGCCGGUAUGGGAUGACAGCUCCGCCUUAUUUCUGACUCAAUAUUCCAUGCACGAGGAAGCUCUGCUCGAUGGACUUCUCGAUGAUGGGUCAUAUACCUCGACAGAACAACUUGCCUCCAGGGAAAUCUUGAAAGAUAAGCCUGGGAGGAAGCACCCCUCAGUAGUCCCCUCGAAGCGCAAACGAAUGCCUACGCAAGACAGUGAGGAGGACCCUAGAGAGAACCACAGUGAGGAUGAUGCGGACGUUGGGAUAAAGGAAAAGGAAAAGAUAAAGAAGAUUAGGCGAAGAAAGCGAAGGGCACCGGUCAACGAACUCGCACUUGUGACAAAAUUUCCGUCUCAUGAAGAAUCUCCGGCACCACCGGCGAAAGCUCCGAAAGCGUACGAUUCCGAUAACGCCAUCGACUUGCUGAAUGAAUAUCUUGAUGGACAAGGCUUUCCUGCGUCCACUUCGCCAAGUUUUGAAAGGGGCCGAAAGUCAAUAACAGCCAACAUAAGGAAGCCAGUGACAAGGAUUCGCCGAGAAAUCACCCUACCACAGCGAGAGAUCCUGGCUCGAGAGGGUUUCAAGUUCCCACCCAUCACACCGAGAGCUACGAAAUCGCCGGGUUGGAGAUUGGGAAGCGGCUUCGAUGGAAUUACACUGGAGUCAUCCACGAACAAAAUACCGCAGACCUCGCGUAAUCGGAAACUUAGACAUGCGAAGACUCCUUGUUUUGUAGGGCGGUCUCUUCCAAAACUUGAAUUGUCGGCUGGAUUGUCACCAACUCGUUACUCUGUUGGUCAGAAGGGCAUCCCAAGGAGGCGGAAAGAUCAAGGCAAUCCUGCUAAAACCAAAGGGUAUGAGCCAGCCAUGAAGCUUGGUACAGCUGAUGGCGCCGUUGAGGAUGGCCUACCUCAUAGCGCAAUCAAGACUAGGGGAAAAGUCUCUUUUGAGAAGGUGGCCGGCUUGACUUUGACCGCUCUACCACGCCCAUCAACAGAGAAUGAUCGGUUCCAAACAGCGUCUCCUUCCCAACGUAACGAUGUCAUCAAGGAUCCUGUUCAACUGCACCAAAGCCCGACCAGGCAUCUAGAUGCUAGCCAGGCAAUCCGAGAGCCAUCAAAUUCAGAGCGCAAAGGCUGGCUAAAGCGCAGAGGGGUCAAUUCUGCUGUCGCUGACGAGGAUGGAGAGGAAGAGCAGCUGUUCGUACAUACUCAAAGAACCUCCGGCAAUGUUAGUGAAACUGGGAAGAGAAAGUGGAGAGCUGACUUGGAUACAAACCUUGAAGAUACCGCGCAAGCACAGCAUGUCGUGCACAAUAACUCGCAGGCUUUUAAUGAAGAAGGCAAUCAGAUCCCACCAAACCCUGAACGACCUGGCAACAGUGGACAGCAAGAUAUGUUUCAAGGCGAGCAGAGCGCCGAACGGCAUCGGUGUCGAGCUUUGCAUGAUAUAGAAAGACAACCUCUCAAUUCAGAAGAGGAGACUCUUGGCCAUCAAAGCUCCAGGUGUCCUCCAGAACCACCAUCGUCUUCGAAGUCCGAAGCUGACUUUCCAAACUCGCCAUUACACGCCAAAGACCUGUCAAUGCCAAAAGCAAGGCCCCAUAUCGAGGUUCUAAGGACCUCUGAGGUUCCAGAGACACAAGAGAGACCCCAAGAGUCUAUAGAAUUUGAUCAUACGGGGAUCGAAUUCUUGGACCUGGGCCGACACCCAUACCACAUACCAGAAGUGACUCACGACUCCGGCAAGUAUUUCUCGAAAGCUGUUCAGCAACUCGAGUCCCCGGAAGAGGUACCACACACCAUUACGCGGCGCAAGUCACGUCGAGAGCCGGAACCAGGUGUGACAGGAACGCGGGUGAUGUUUGGAACGCGAACAGGGGCACAUCACGUCAAUGUGGCUCCCAUCACUGGCGAAGAGGGAUCUCGGAAGCAGGAAGGAAGUUUGGAGUUGGGUGUGACGUCGAGGCUGAAGAGGACGAUGUCUAAUGUGUCAUUAAGACCGCCAUUCAAAGAGGCUUUGCGAUGA